AUGGGAGACUUUAACUACCCAGACAUCUGGGAGGAGCGCUCAGUCAAAUCCAAGUGGUCGCAAAGCUUUCUCUCGUGCGUGGAUUACCUCUGUCUGACACAGGAAACCUAUGGGCCGACAAGAGACAAAGCGCUGCGCGACCUGGUACUGGCAACCGAGGAUGACCUAAUCAGCGACCUAACGAUCGAUGGGAAGCUGGGUGACAGUGACCACGAGCUGAUCACCUUCACCAUCUGCCGUAAAGCUGACAAGUCAGUCAGUAAUACUGAGACUGACUUGCCACCUAUAUUAAGUGCAAGGUGGCAAAGACCUGCAGCAAGGCAGCAGCCCUGGAUUUCAGGAGCGUGGAUUUCAGUGAGGCUGAACUCCUUGGACCUCGGGGCUUGGUUCAACUCUGCAAAAGUCCUGGACACCAUGGACCUCGGGGCUUGGUUCAACUCUGCAAAAGUGCUGAACUCCUUGGACCUCGGGGCUUGGUUCAACUCUGCAAAAGUCCUGGACACCAUGGACCUCGGGGCUUGGUUCAACUCUGCAAAAGUGCUGAACUCCUUGGACCUCGGGGCUUGGUUCAACUCUGCAAAAGUACUGGAGGCCUUCGACUAGAAUGUGGGGCAACAACGACUCCAGUGCCUACAGAUGGUGUGGCAACAACGACUCCAGUGCCUACAGAUGGUGUGAGAUAAGAUUGGACACUCCUGGCAAUUCCUGGCAUGGUGACAAAACUGGAAAGACC